GUGUGUAAUCCUCCAUGGACGGUGAAGUCUCCUCUCCGCUCUCCAUCAUCAUCAUCAUCAUCUGCAGAAAAAUGCGAGCGGGGAGCGGUAAGAACACGUCAGGCCGGGCUCCCGUCCCUCCGUCGCAGACAUGAGCGCUCUGUGCUCGGCCUCGUCCACCCGCAACAAGUCGCCCCCACCAUGCGGAUCCACUGCAAAGUAGUUGCGAUCGCCGUGUGCUUCGGAGUUUUUCUACUUUUAUACUUUUUGGGGGGCAACACCGCCGACGAUCCGCUGCUGAAAGAAGUUGUAGAGGAGGAGGCGGAGGAGAACGCCAACUCUUCCCCGUCGCCAUCCGACCUCGGACGCAAUGUUGCAGCAAAGUUUGCAAGGAAAUCGUCCGGAAAUCGCCCGGAAGAGACUCUCCAGGGACGAAAAGAGGCGAAAUCAGUCAAUAGAGGGGCCGGGGGGAAUGCAAAGAGUAAACAGCGGGCUUAUGUGGGCCGACCUGUGACCAAACGGGCCCGGGCGGAGGACGUCAUGCACCUGGCAGUGGUGGCUUGUGGGAAUCGUCUGGACGAGACCCUCACCAUGGUCAAAUCUGCCCUCCUGUUCAGCCUCAAGAAGAUCAAGUUUCACAUUUUUGCCGAGGACCCCUUGGCCCCUCGAUUUGAAGAGAAGCUGAAGCAGUGGCCUCGCUCCAUCUCAGCCAAGUUCCAGUACAGCAUCUACCCCAUCACCUUCUCCGUGGGCAACGCCGAGGAGUGGAAGAAGCUCUUCAAACCCUGUGCCGCUCAGAGACUCUUCCUCCCUGUGAUCCUGAAGGAUGUGGACUCGUUACUGUACGUCGACACUGAUGUGCUGUUCCUGCGGCCCAUGGACGACAUGUGGAGUCUGUUUAAAGCCUUCAACAGCUCCCAGUUGGCGGCGAUGGCCCCAGAGCACGAGGUCCCCAAGAUCGGCUGGUACAGUCGCUUUGCACGCCACCCCUUCUACGGGGUCACCGGGGUCAACUCUGGGGUCAUGCUGAUGAAUCUGACAAGGAUCCGCAGCACUCUGUUCAAAAACAGUAUGAUCCCCAGUGGCUUGUCGUGGGAGGAUCUUCUACAUCCACUCUAUCAGAAGUACAAGAACCACAUCACCUGGGGAGACCAAGACCUCCUCAACAUCAUCUUUCAUUACAACCCAGAGUGUCUGUUCAUCUUCCCCUGCCAGUGGAACUACAGGCCUGACCACUGCAUGUACGGCAGUAACUGUAAAGGGGCCGAGGAGGAGGGCGUGUCCAUCCUCCACGGCAACCGCGGGGUGUACCACGACGACAAGCAGCCCGCCUUCAAAGUGGUCUAUGAUGCAAUACGUGAUUUUCCCUUUGAGGACAACAUGUUCCAGUCGCUGUUUUACCCCAUCCAGGCCAAGUUCCUGGACACGGUGAACACCCUGUGCGGUCGGAUUCCUCAAGUGUUCCUCAAACAGAUAGAGAAGACCAUGAGGAGGGUGUUCGAGGAUACGGUGGUUCAUCACAUGCGACGGCACAAAUAAACAACCAACGGAGACAGAGACUCCCUGUUUUAUCUGACGAUGGUCUUGUUUGGUUUUCACAUCGGCGUCUCCCAGACUAAACCGGAAACCUCGUCAUGGUCGUUUUUUUUGUUUGUUUGUUUUUCAACACGGGACACUUUUCCUGGAAUGACUGAAUGAAUUUUGUGAUCCUAUGAUAUUGAUGGUGAGCCUAUGAACACACAGAAGCAUACAGUGCCGGUCAGUGAUGCUGUAGAGUAGGUUUACCUCACUGCCAUCAUCACAUUUUCAUACUCAGUCAGUGUAUAUUUUGGUAAUUGGAUUUUAUUUUCAGAAACAAAAGGAAA